AGGAGGGGGGCGGCCUGCAGAGCGGAGCCGGGGCAGCGGGGUCAGCGGCCACAGGAGGGCAGCGCAGGACGCGGUGGCAGCGGGACGGUAACGAUGGCGAGCAGUGCACAAAAACCCGAUGAAGGCAGAGGUAAACGCAAGAAAGAGCUGGAGGCUGAUGAUACAGAAGGCCCUCAGCUGCCCUCCUCUGAUGCAGCAGACCCGGUGCUGUCAGAUGGUUUGCAGUCCCUGUACAAGCCGGAGCCCCUGGAGCAGCUGUUAAAUGAGAUGAAUAAAGAAAUCAAGAACUUAUUGGCAAAGUAUGCCCACAUCUUAAGUGAGAGAGCAGAAAUGGAUGCAUCGUAUGUGCAAGAGCUUGAUGGAAUCUUGAAGGAAGCAAGAACCCUAGAAAACCACUUAAAGCAGAAGAAAGAGAGUCUGAAGCAGAGAUUUGCUGUGAUUGCAAACACUCUGCAAAGCUAAAUCUGUUACACUGUGGAAAUGCUCAUUGUUGUAAUAAGCUUUGACACACAAAGUUUAUAAAUGAUGGUGGAUGUGAUGAAUGCUUCAAAUGUAUCUUCUGUAAAUAUUUCUAGCAGUUCAGGAAACAUUCAUCAACUUCAGCAUCUUAUUUUUUUUCAAUAAGUAUAUGCACUAUAAAGAGUAGCAGUAGUACAAAAGACACUAAAUAUUUACUUUGAAUCCCACAACGACUUAAAGGGAUGCUACAGAUUAGAACGGCAUUUCUUAGUUGCUGACCCAUUGUUUAGACUGCCCCCAUCCUUCCAUCCCAAGAACAUUAACUUUUGGUACCCAAAUUCUAAUAGAAUGUACCUUGAAUCUCACUUUCAUUGUUGUCUCAGAACAUAAUUGAACAUGACUGAAAAGAGAAGCUUAGAAACAGGAGAGUUCUAUUAGGAGCAUUACUUUGGAAGUGUAUAACAAGGGGUUAAGUCUUAAUUUAAAUACGUAUUUUGAUGCAUCUUCAGCUUUUCAAAUGAAAUGAGGAGCAUUUUCAUAUAAAAAUGCAUUGUCAAAACUUUUCUGGUAGUAUCAGUAAAUAAAAGAUGAUAUUAAUACUA